GCCAACCAAAUACUCCAGGCGCCGAUGACCCCAAAAAGCCUCCGGGAGAGGAUCAUCUUGUCAUUACAGUUUAUGGUGCAAUAAUUCUUUCCUCUAAGGAUGAGGGAGCCAUUCAGGUGAAGAGAAUGUUGAGACUCUCAGAUAAGGAUGAACAAGAUGUCACAGAUUUUCAUAAGCUUCAUCCACAUGCUGAGGCCAAAGGAUUUGGUCGGUUGUUUCGAUCACCAACUUUAUUUGAAGAUGUGGCCAAGUCUCUUCUUCUUCGAUUUUGUCCGUGGAAGACAUCUUUGGAUCUUGCAAAGGCUCUUUGUGAUAUACAAUUGAAAAAAGUCAGAAUGUCAAAAAGAAAUAAAGAAAAUAUUGGAGACUUCCCGAGUCCGAGAGAAUUAGCAAGUUUUAGAGAGAAGGAGCUAAAAGACAAAGGUUUUGGAUAUAGAGCAAGGGACUUGAUUAAGUUGGCUAAACAAGUUGUUGAUGAAAAAAUUAAUUUAGAUGGUGUUGAUGAAGGGUUCUACUCCAACUUGAAAAUAAAUGGUGCUGGUCCUUUUACCAUUAAUACUAUCAUGAUGUGUAUUGGACACUAUCAUCAUAUUCCAAUUGAUACUGAAACGUUGCGUCAUAUGAAAGAGUUUCAUGGAUUUAAUAUGGGAAAGCGUAAAAAUGGAUCAAUUAGUGUGGAAACCAAAGCGAAGAUACAAGAAUCUUACAAGAUUUAUCAUCCAUUUGAGUCUUUGGCUUUUUGGUUUGAACUUGUCAACACUUAUGAAACAAAACUUGGCAAGACAUUAGGUGAGUUAUUACCAUCAGAAUAUCAUCAUGCCACCGGAAGCAAGAAAUAUUAAGGAUGUGAUGUGAUGUGUGAUGGAUAUGAUAUUGGAUUGAAAGAAAGAAAAAACUUUCCCUUCUUUUCUCUUCUUUAUUUUGGUUUAAUCCAUGACCAAUGGAUAUUAACUAAUAUUAGAUUUUGAAACUGAUGAUCAUUUAUAUAUAGAUCUGAUAAUUAACUUCCGUUUUGUUUUUGUGCGGACUUCACUAUAUCACAUGAUUUCAACUUGAA